AUGUGUGGCCCUGAGACUGGCCUAUGUGUGACUUGCAGAGUUAAUGAUUAUCCCAGCAGUUGUCUAAACUGCUUGGUUCCACUGGGCUGCUGCAAGCAGUUAGAGCAGUCUCCAGAGAGCAGCAUGUUCCCCUUGCUCUUUGGUGCUGGACUGGUGGUUCUGAACCUAGUGAGCUCUGCAAGGAGCCAGAAGACAGAACCUCUUAGUGGCUCUGGGGACCAGCCCCUCUUCCGUGGUGCGGAUCGAUACGACUUUGCCAUCGUGAUCUCUCCAGGAGGCACAGAAUGCUUUUGGCAAUUUGCCCACCAGACUGGAUACUUCUAUUUCAGUUAUGAGGUUCAGCGGACACUGGGAAUGUCACAUGACCGGCAUGUUGCUGCCACUGCACAUACCCCACAGGGUUUCCUUAUAGACACCAUUAAGAAUGUUCGGGGCCAGAUUAACUUCUCCACCCAAGAGACAGGUUUUUAUCAGCUUUGUCUAAAAAAUCAGCAAAAUCGCUUUGGUUCUGUGCAAGUAUACCUCAAUUUUGGAGUCUUCUAUGAGGGGCCUGAGAUGGACCACAAAGAGAAGAAUGAAAGAAAACAACUGAAUGAUACUUUGGAUGCAAUUGAGAAGAGUACACGAAAGCUGCAGAACAAUAUCUUUCACAUGUGGCGAUACUACAACUUCGCUCGCAUGAGAAAAAUGGCUGACUUUUUCCUACUCCAGUCAAACUAUAACUAUGUGAAUUGGUGGUCGACAGCCCAGAGCCUUGUUAUUAUUCUUUCUGGGAUCCUGCAGCUGUAUUUCUUGAAGCGUCUCUUCAACAUCCCAACGACUACAGACACAAAGAAGCCAAGAUGCUAAGCUCGAACAACUACAGUGCCCUGGCUCUUUUCUUCUGGGGCACAAGCUCUCUCAAAUCUUUGUAAAGUUAUUGGGAAAAAAAUCAAUUUUUCUUGGUAGAAAGUUGUAGCCUAUUGCUCUCAUCUACACAGGCAAAAUAGCAAUAAAUAAAAGUGUGU